GUUGCAACUUUCACCGCUUGUUUUAAGAAAGUUGCGGUUAGGAAUGGUCUCGCAAAACUGCAUAAGUGCUGCCACUUUCGCUACUCAAAAAGCCAAAGUUGAUGAGUUAAUGAAUGUAGAUAUAACAAAAGGAGACUUAUGGUAUAUCCUGUCUCUUAACUGGUGGACGAAGUGGGAGGAAUUUGUGGACUCGGUUUCCAAAAGUGGGAUGGUUGACGAAACCUCGGAAGAGUAUCCAGGAAAAGUUGAUAACAGUGAUAUUUUAUGUGAUGGAAAAUUAAAAGAGAACUUGCUCUUAGAAAAUGACAUCACGUUAAUACCUAGAAAUGUGUGGAAGCUGUUUGUUGAUUUUUAUGGUUGUACGCACACAGACAUUUCAGUCUUCGAACGGCGUGCCAUCCAAGCUCCAAAGUCAGCGGAAAUCGAAAUAUAUCCACCUCACUACUCAUUUUACUUAAAUCCUCCAAAUUCAAGUGCCACUUUCCUGUUUGAAGGGACAUAUUGCAAGUUUCAGACAAUAAGAGAACUUAAACUGAUAGUCGCGCAACAUCUUAAAGCAGCACCUGGCGUGAAUGUUCACUUAUCAAUACACAAUGAGCAAAAUGAGUUUGAAGAAUUAGAAGAUGAAGAUGCUACCAUAGAAGAAGCUAACCUGGAGCGUGAAAAAGUAAAAUUUCAGUGAGCUUUUUGCUGAUUGUAAAAAAGAUAGGAACACUUCGCUUAGUAAUCAUGGCUUCAAAGAGCAUAUUUUAUAGACCGAUAUAUUCGAUUUCCAAUUGUGAUAUGGUUUAGGUAGUUGGCACCUUGUAGUUUUCUAUUCAUUUCAAGAAUACCAGAAUAUAUAAUAGUAGCAGUAAUGCGUUAAGUUCGUUCCAGGUUUUAGCAAUUCCGUUUAAUAUAGGAAGUUGCUUUGACAAUGUACCCUCAGCGUUCAUUGUUUUUCGGGAUCUAGUCGGAAACUUACUUCUUGAGCCCCAUAAACGUUAUCAUUAAUGUUCAUCUUAACGUGUAGAACCCGUUACCAUCUGUCGACUUUUAGAUUGACGUGCCUUGUAAUCUACAGUUAGUCUUAGUUUUUAUAUUCAUUCUAUUGUGUUUUUAAUGGGAUUAAGAAAGAUGGCUCCAGUUAAUGCAGAUAACUUUAUCGAGGCUAUGUUUGUUUAGAGAUCGUGAUCGUUGGUUUUGUUUCAGAAUAUCCUACUAAUGACUAACUCUGAUCAAAUUAGUCAAUAACUAACAAAUAUUCAA